UCCUUUCAAAUUCAAGGAUACAUUGACAUAAUCAGAAGUUUCAUCAUCUUUUACAACUAUAAAGACUUCCCACUUAAAACUUAAUUCCAGUCUCCACAAACUCUUGAUUCCUUCUCUCCCACUCUCUGAAAAAGGAGAUUUUCCUUAUUUGAAAAAACAUCAAUAGCCGUACUUUACACCAAUGAACACUAUUCCUUUCCUUUUUGAUACUUGUGAACCUUUUAUUUUUCUUCUUCAAUCUAUAUGCGUUGUUUCAUAGUCUGAACUAGUCAUGCAGUCCAUCCAGAGCUACCCAACUUCAGGAACUAUGCAUCAGAUCUAUCCUGAAGCACAACCUUCAAUGAUCAAGCAUUACGGCUGCCCAUUCUCAUCCUUUCCAAGGAAGGAGCCUAAAUUACAUGCAGCCCUGAAGCACCAUUUCGCAGAGCAGAAAAGAAGGAACAGAAUCAGUGGCCAAUACGCCACCCUCCGUGCCAUCCUUCCCCGCCUAUCUAAAACAGAUAAGAGUAAGCUGAAAAAGGCUUUUGUGCUUUCUGAGACAAUCCGUAGGGUGAAGGAGCUUAAGAAGCUUGUAUCAGAAAAGAGAGCGGCCAAUCGUGAGUUUAGGGAUUGUGGGAUACCUAGUGCAGAUACACUGAGCUUAGAACAAUGUGAUGGUGGUAAAGGGAUGGUGAAGGCUGUAAUGAGCUACGAGGACAGGCAGGAUAUCAUGGCAGAAUUGGCAAAAGCACUGAAGACAGUGAAAGUGAAGCUGCUGAGAGCUGAACUGGUGACUGUGGGUGGAAGGAACAAGUUUCUGUGGAUGCAAAGGCCUAAAGGACCUGGUGGGCUUAAGAGAGUUUUGGAGGCUGUUAUGUGGAGGACUUCAUGGAUUGCUAGAAAACCCAGAAAUUCUUGGCACUCUCGAGCUCCAACAGCUAAAAAGUUAGCUGUUAACAGGCUGAUUUCUCGAAAAAAUCUCUUAGGAGCUGUUUGGAUGUUGAACUGAGAUAUGAUAUCUAGAGUUUAUAUGUCUGUGAAGUCUCUGUCUUUGUUUGGGGUAUAGCAUUAUUUAAUCUGAAUUCAUGUGUCUGUAUUUGGGGUGCAGAGUUGAUUUUAUAUAUCCAAGAUAUUUUGUGCAGUUUUUUGAAUUCAAUAAUGUGCUUUUAUGAUGAUUAUUUUUGUUUUGAAACUU